CCACCGGCCAUGAUAGCCCGUCUGGAGUUGUUUACUGAGUGUAGGCGUGGGAAAGGUUACUAUGCUUACGCCAUUUCACCCGUAUUACUAACUCCCCCUUGGCCCAGACAGUGUCCAGGAGAGUCAGUGCACCUCGCAGGGAUGGCAGAGCUUGAAGAGGAGCUGAUUGGUGAGGAUCUUGAUUAUGAGUAUGACUUGGAUGAAGAGGAGGAAGAGGCGCUGCUGGCAGGAGAAGAUCCAUCACAAGAGGGAGCUGUUGAUGACAUAAUUGAGUUGGGAGUGGAAGAUGAUUUUGACGAGGAUGAUGGUGGUCAGAUGGGCCACACCAAGAGUGUCCAUAGCAGACUGCAGCCUGCCGAGUCAGUGUUUGAAGAGGACCUGGAGCAUCAGUAUGAGGAUUCAUCACUAAGCAAUGUUCAAGUGGAAACCCAGAAUAUUGUUGAGGAAGAGGAGGAGGAGGAGGAAGAAGAGGAGGAGGAUGACGAGGAAGGGAGGAGCCGUGACAGAUUCAAGAGUGAACGCUCCAAGAUCUCCCUCACCAGCACCACAGUGGAACGCAUCAUCCCAGAGUCCCUUGAUGAAGUUCAGGUGAAGAAACACGACUUGGUGGACAACAGAAGAGGUCAUGGUGGACGAGGAGGGUUUGGUCGGGAUCGGGGCCGAGGCUGGGGUGGUGGUGGCGGAAACUGGGGUCGGGGAAUGAACAGAGGGUGUAAUGGCCCUCCACCGAGAGGAGGAAUGUUACACCAGCCUCCCCUGUCACGCUUCCAGCCUCCCCGACCCAUGCAGAUCCCAACAUGGGAGCCGCUCAUGUAUGCUGCCCAGAUGCAGAUGUCCAAGACAGGGUUGCCCAUGAAUCGCAAUGGGCCCCCAGGGAUGGGUCGUCCUCCACUCCCCAUGGUGUCCCUGGCUAACUCCCUCAUCCAGCGGCCCCCACCACUCAUGAGCCACAAUCCAGGCUUCCCCAGACUGCAGAUCAGGAAUAGUUCUCAGUGGAGUACAGGCGUGCUUCCCUUGGGGGCCGGAGCAAUACUGAACCAGUUUGUGCAGCAGUCCCAGCCCAUGCCUCGUGAUGACCUGCGCAACUCCCUCAAGAGACACAAUGAGCCGCCCAAUAUUUCUCCACCAAAGCAGAUGAGAGUUGGCCAGCCACCUCCUUCCAUGAACAACCAACAAGCCAUGGCUAGGAAGAAGCUGAACAAUGCCAUGAACCGUCAGCGUGGCGGCCCCGUCAAGAAGAGCCCCAUCAGCUCCAGGCUUUCAAUGCCCCCUGCUAACACCAACCCCAACCUGACCACCAUCAAGACUGUGGACAUUGGCCAGAUGAACAAACAGGGACAGGACAGCAGACCUCAGCAGAACCAAGGAAACAAUCAGUCACAGAAUCAACAAGGCAAUCAGUUCAAUAGGGGUAACCAGCAGCAGCAGAAACAGCAACAGAAGCAGCAGCAACCACAGCAAAAUCAGCAGCAGGAACAGAAGCAGAAGGAACAGGAACAAAAAGAACAAGAUAACAGACAGCAAGGGACACCAACAAAAGAGUCACCAAAGUCAACAGACAAAAAUGCACCUGAGGAAAUGAUCAUUGAUGAUCCUGAGUAUCAUAAAAAGCUGUUACGUCAGAAGCAGUUAAGGGAGCAGGUGUUAGCCAAGAAGGAAGCUCGUCGAAAGGCUGCAGCUGUCAUAAAGGCAAGUGAAAUUGCAACAAGGAAGGCACGACAGGAGAUGGAAAACAAGAAAUCUGACGGCCCAAAGCCUGGAGACCAGCAGGCGCCACCAGCUCACCCGCCCCCACACCAGGAGCAGCAGCAGGCAAAGCAGCACCAGCCACUGCCUGGGAGAGGACCAAAAGGGCCAGGAGGACCAGGCCUAGAACACCCACACCACCCAGCUGGUAACUCUGGCCUGUCACAGAGCCCUACACGGCAGCCAUUCAACAGGCAGCGAGGCAGUGCAAACUCCAAUCGAGGAAGGGGUGGUCUGCACCACAACCAGCCACGUUUCCCUCGUGAUUCUGGACACCCAGACCAUCCUCACAACCACCACGAUCACCGUCGACCUCCUCGUGAAGAGCCAGGCUUCCCACUGAGGUCACCUGUCCCUCUCUUUACUGAACCCCCACCCCCAAGAGGCACUGAUCCAAACUUCCUGCAGGACGGGCCCCGGCAGCUCUUUGGACCGCAGCACCAGCCUGGUGGACGCCAGCCCCACCAUGGCCCACCCCAAGAUGAGCCUCCACACCAGCAGAGGCCUCUGCCUCAUCUCCUGCCCCCAACACACCACCCACCUCCUCCAUUGCCACAUCCAAAUCACCCACCUCCCCACACACAGCACCCACCACCACACCACCCUCAGUCAUCGCCAUCACCUUCCUCACACCAUCCCCACAAUCAACCACCUCCACAUCACCAUCACCGCAUUGAAACUGUCCAUCAUCAACCUCCUCCACUUCCUCCACCUCAUCACCACCACUCCAACCUCUCACAGCCACCUCCCCUGCCUCACCAUGCCCCCCUGCCCAACACCUCCCGCCCACCUCAGGGCCCACACACGUCUCCUCCGCCAGACUUCCCACCUCACAGAGAUCACCACCCUCACCACCACCAGAACCAGUACCCACCUCAGCCAGACACAUUUCCCCCACGGGUGCCCCCACCAUCCCUGCCCCACAGCAAGGAGAGCCGCCACCAUGACUACGGGUCUGAGGGACGGUAUGGGGAACCCCCACCAUGGGAAGGCCGCCAGCAGGGUUAUAAGGACUAUGAAGACAGCUACAGGGAGCCUUAUGAAGACGAUUACUAUCAUAAGGAUCACCACUAUGACAGCCAGGGGUACCAGGACCACUAUAGACACAGUGAUGACUCGUAUGAAGACCCUGACCAGCGUUACAGGGAAGAGUACCAGAAGCAUCGCCAGCAGCACCAGCACCAGCACCAGCAUCAGCAUCACCAACAGCAGGAGGAAUACCCAGAGGAACACUACCACCGUGAGGAGUACAACAACAGCAAUUACAGGGAGGAAAAGUACCAGGAGGCCCCAGACUAUGAGCAGCCAAAGAGACCGAGGGAUGUUAAGAGUCGCCUUGGUGGUCGCCUGGAUGUGCCUCAGAAUCCACACAAUCUCCAGGUCAAGGUAGUGCAGACUUCAGGACAAGAUCAGGAGGCCCCACAACCUCAACAAGAGGGCCAAAAGAUUCAAACAGUGCAGCGCCAGAAGACAGCAGUGUCCCGUAAAUUUCGCAGAAUCACUCGCAGGAGUCCACAUGGAGAGAUUGUAUCAAUUACCCGGAUUCCAGUUGACGAAGACGGAAACCAGAUUGGACCACAGAUUACUGAAUACGAAGCAAGUGAGUCGGGUGCAGAUAAGCCUGACAGUACAGCAUCAGUAUCACAGUUUCCACAGUCGCGUGUUUCUGUUGUUAAAAAUUUGCGCCAAAUUGUGAGGAAAGUACCAGUAGCUCGUCAGCAGCAGCAGCAGCAACAGCAGCAACAACAACAACAGCAGGUUAAAUUACGAGAAAUUUCGCAAAUGGACCAAUCAGGCGGGCAGCAGCAGCCAACACAGCAAGUGAAAAUUGUGAAGAGAACAGUUUUAUCCUCUGGGGAAACACCAUCACAGACAAGCAGCACAGGUCGCCGUAUUGUGACCAGCACUACCAGCAGCGGGGGACGAGGCGGCACCGUACGCAUGGGCAGUGGGAUCCGCAGGGUAGUGACAGCAGGACCAACCACCUCAACCAACCAGGAUCUGCCCACCGUCCAGCUGUGUGACCUUCCUUCUAAUCUCACUCUGUCAGACAUUAACCAAAUGGUGGCUGAUGCAGGGGUAGGGCAGCCCGUGAGUGUUGACUAUAUUCCAGGCUCUCGUGAGUGCAUGUUGAGAUUUCAAGUAGCAGAAGUUGCUGCUAAAUUCUCUCAAAAAAUUAAUCGGAGGAUGGUAAAUAUGUCCUUCAUUAGAGCCAGUGCAAUUCUGUAAGUAUUACCAAGUUUGUGUACAUUACUGCUAGGAAGAACCUCAGUAUUCAGCUUUUUUUGUAGGUCUGUUCUUUUACUUCCCUGAGGAAUGAUUGAAUGGGGUUCAUUAACAGUUUCACACUAUAGAUUACUAAAGAUAAGUCAUAUUCUUUCACAGAGGGUCAUAGAUGAGAUUAUAUAUAUAUAUAUAUAUAUAUAUAUAUAUAUAUAUAUAUAUAUAUAUAUAUAUAUAUAUAUAUAUAUAUAUAUAUAUAUUUGUCAUUGUCACAUAUUCUUGCAAUUAUCAGUGUUCUUCAUGUUCAUCAUACAUUUGGGUGUGGGUGUGUUUGUUUGAAGUGUGGAGUGUGUUGUGUUAGAUUGGUGUAUGAUGUGAGAACUAGGCCAAGUUGUAAGAAAGACUGUAUUUUUAGAUGUUACAAAGCUGAAUUUUGGUUUCAUUUUAUGUCUUUCAACAUUCAGCAUUUACAUUUUUAGUUAAUAUUUUCAACAUUGAAAAUUUAGUGUAAGUAAUUGUGAUAAUGUAGACGAGAAUUAGGAAUCACAUCAUAAGUUUGGCACGAAAUAGUAAUCCCAUUGGGUGGUAUCAGUAAUGUACAUGCACGUGGCACUGUUUAUGGUUAGUAAUCCGAGAGUGUAAGAUCUGGCCUGUGUUACAUUUUGUGUUAUGAAUACUCGGCAACAUUCUUACAAAGUCUGAAAUCACGUCAACACACCGGGAAUCUGCCCCACCUCUGCAAUGGAUCAACACCGCCACCACCACCACCACCACCACUACCACCAGGAAAUUUGCAAUGGGUUAAUUUCUAGUGCAAAAGAAAAGAAUUGUAUGCCAUACACUGUGUUGUAUUGUUGACUUAAGAUUUAUCUGACUGUGUAAUGAGUUAGCCAUGAUAUUGUUACCACGUACAGUGUUAGUGGACUGUGCACAAACCUUAAUGCACAGUUAUUGGAGUUAUUGUGGCAUUGAUUUGUUAUGAACCUUACUUUUGAGGUUCAGGUUUCUGAGAAGAGAACCUGAAAGGAACCUGAAUGAAAACUACCUUCUAUGAGUUUUGUUCAUAACAUUUCCAGUCUUUGUGUGUGUGUGCAGUGGUGCACCACACUGCACUGAAGGUGCCACAUCCUUGUUGGUGAGGGGUGGCUUGUACCAGGCUGUUGGUGGUGGUGUAGCUUGUAUUGUUCUGCAAAUUAUAUACUGCAGUGGAUAGUCAAGAACUUAUGUAAUUUGCAAAUCAAUAAGCUAUAGAUCAUGCCAGACUGAGUACACAUUAUCUGUGGAAACUGUCUAUAAAAUAGUGAGAGAAGGAAGGCAAUUAUGUUUAACUGUAUGAAUAAUCAUGAAACACUGUGUGAUUCCUGUUUCAUGACACAGUGUGCUAGCUGUUGCUGCUGUGUUACCCUCAUGCCAGUGUGUAUGAGGGUCAUAGACAUCCAUGCUGUCACUGGCUAUUCAUGCCAUGUUUUGUCAUUAAUUUUAUAAUAUAUAAUUUACUAUACUUAUGUUUGCUUGUCUCAUGUUGAUGAAGAUUAGUUUCAUAAUUGAUUCCAUUAAUAAUCUUAAAGUGUGUGAUUUGCAGUAACACAGUCAAUAUCUAAAGUCUUUAUAUUAUGAUGACCUUUAUCAUAGAUUGUUAGACAAUACUGAUACAUACUGUUGCUGCAAAAAACAAAACUGAACAAGCUUGAGAUUUUCAAGUAAUUGGAUGCAUUAGCAUCUCUUAAAGUAAAGAAUAUAUAUUUGUGUAAUGAUCUGUUUAAUGUCAUGAUGAGUCAGGAUUAUCAAAUUGAUAACUAGUUGACAUUCAUGUAGACCUGUUGGUGUGCCAUUAAAAACACACUUGCA